AUGCCGAACGCCGCCAUGGCCGGCACCAAGUUCUCGUCGUACCACCUCGCCGCAGCGCUCCGACGCGAGCGCGACCCCUCCGCCGCGCUCCGCCUCUUCCUCAGCCCGCCGACCACCCCUGUUUCCACCCCGUUCCGCUACUCCCUUCGCUGCUACGACCUCAUCAUCUCCAAGCUCGCCGCCGCGCGGCACUUCCCGGCCAUGGAGUCCCUCCUCUCCAGCCUCCGCGCCUCCUCCCUCCAGCCUCGCGAGCCCCUGCUCCGCUGCGUCAUAUCCGCCUACGGCCGCGCCCGCCUCCCCGCCGCCGCCCGCCGCGCCUUCGCCCACCCCGCCUUCCCCGGCCCCCGCACCACCCGCGCCCUCAACGCCCUCCUGCACGCCCUCGCCGUCUGCAGCACGCCCCUCGCCGAGCUCCUCUCUGUUUGCCGGGACGCCGCCAUCCCUCCGGACGCGUGCACCUACAACAUCCUCAUCCGCGCGGCUGCGGCGUCUGGUGGCUCGGUCGACCACGUCCGCCUCCUGUUCGACGAAAUGCUGCAGCGGCGGAUCGCCCCGACCGUCGUCACGUUUGGCACCCUGGUUGCCGCGUUUUGCGAUUGUGGUCGUCUCGAGGAGGCGUUCGACGUGAAGGACGCCAUGGCUGAGCAGUACAAUGUGAGGCCAAAUGCUCAUGUGUAUGCCAGCUUGAUGAAGGGGCUCUGUCAGAGGGGGGAUGUGGACAAGGCGGUUAGGUUCAAAGAGGAGAUGGUGGCCGAUGCAGAUCUUGUGCUGGAUCCCGCCAUUUAUGCGACCUUGGUUAGGGCGUUGUUUAGGGGUGGCCGGAAAGGGGAAGUGGUUGGUUUGCUGGAAGAGAUGAAGGGUAGGGACAUUCAGGCUGAUAGAGUGGUGCACAAUGCGAUGAUCGCAGGUUUCUGUGAGGAUGAGGGCGAUUUGGAUGCUGCGUUCGCGGUGCUUGAUGACAUGCAGAACAGCGGGUGCAAGGCAGAUGUAGUGAGUUAUAACACGUUGGUUGCUGGGCUGUGCAAGUUGGGGCGGUGGCAGGAUGCAAAUGAGUUGGUUGAGGAUAUGCCUAGAAGGGGCUGCCCUCCUGAUGUGGUGACGUACAGAAUGCUCUUUGAUGGCAUGUGUGUUGCUGGGGCAUUUCAUGAAGCAGAUCAGGUUUUGGAUGAGAUGACCUUUAAGGGUUUUGCGCCAAGCAAGGAUGGUGCGACCAAGUUCAUUCAGGGAAUUGAGAGGGAAGGGGAUGCAGUGUUGCUAGAGUCAGUGUUAUGCCGUCUGGCGAAGGUGAAUGCUCUAGAGUCAAGUGCAUGGGAGAAAGCUGUCACCAGUGCGCUGAAUGACCCUGCAGAGCUUAUGACAGAGAAACAUCUGAAUAGUUUAAGAUUCACUUGA